AUGACGUUUGUGUAUCCGGCACGGGUGAACCGACGAAAGAGCAGACCUGCGGCCUACAAGCCCGCAGCAGCCCUCGACUGGUCUGCGCUCCUGGGCAGACUUGAACUACCCACGGACCCAGAAGUGGAAGACCUCCCCACAGCACUCUUAAAUACCCAGGCAGCAAUGGGCCGCCGGUCCCAAAAUCCUCCACCAGAGACACCAUCAGGGUCCAGGGACAUAGGUACCAUGCUGCAACAACAACGGCCGCUGGCCAAAAUGGCGGGAGCACCGGAACAUGACACCAUGCAAGUACCAAAAGACCCUAUACAGCCUGACCUACCCCCAGAAAGGCCACAAACGCCCAUGGGGAUUCCAGAUGGGUCUGCCCCAGUCACCCAGCAUGACUUUCAACACCUAAUUGGGGAAAUCAAAAACCUCCUGGCAACCAGCAUAGCAGCAAUUAAAACAGAUGUGCAGGCUAUCACUGGCAGUCCACAGAGAAGGAUGUCUCUGGCAUCAAGCAGGGACUAG